GGAGUGUUUGGCCGCAUGCGCCGAGGGGGCGGGGCUACUCCCAACUGGGGGCGGGGCUCUCCACUAGCCCCGCCCCUCGACUGGUGGGAAGGGAAGUCCUGGGGGAUCUCUCAGCACCAGACACAGCCCAGGAGCAUGGCAGGCGGAAGUCUUUUCCAAGCCCUUUGCAGCCCCCACCUCAGGAGAUGGCGACUCCUCCGGCGGCCAUGGCACACAUCUCCCUACCCGGUUUCCCGGCGGGCUUUGGCCUCCUGUCCGUAUAGAGCCGUGAUCUUCGACAUGGGGGGCGUGCUGCUUCCUUCGCCGCUGAGGGUGGCCGCAGAAUGGGAGCUCCGGCUUGGUGUCCCCCCUGGCACCAUCAGGCAGGCUUUCAUAUCGGGAGGGGGCGACAGGCCCUGGAUGAGGUACAUGCGAGGGGAGCUGAGACCGGCCGAGUUUCUGCAGGAGUUCGGACAGCAGUGCUCCGGGAUUGCCAAUUCUUCUGUUCCUGUCGAAUCCUUCUUUUCCGAAUAUACCAGUAGCCAGAAUGCAGUACCCCUCCCGGUUAUGAUGGAAGCGAUAAAGUGUAUCCGAGCUGAAGGUCUCAAAACGGCUGUCCUGAGUAACAAUUUCUAUUUGCCGAGCGGAGAAAGUUUCCUCCCUCUGGACAAAAAGCAGUUUGAUGUGAUAAUCGAGUCUUGCCGGGAAGGGGUGUGUAAGCCAGACCCCCGUAUCUACAAAGUGUGCUUGGAGCGACUAGGGGUCCAAGCCAGGGAGUCCAUUUUCUUGGAUGACCUUGGGCAGAACUUGAAAGCUGCGGCUCAGCUUGGUAUGAAAACAGUGAAGGUUGAAGACACAAACACAGCAAUAGAAGAAUUAGAAACACAUUUGGGUUUCCCCCUGCGGUCCUCGGUACCUUAUACAUCUUCUGUGAGGCCAGCCAUGGAGAUCCCUAAGGAGCCUCUCCAAGACUACCUUGAAAGCAUCUUGGGGACUCAUGCAAAAGGCUCUCUGGUGCUUCGACAGUUCAGCCAUGGGCAGUCCAAUCCAACAUACUACGUAAAGUUUGGAGAUCAUCACUUCGUCUUAAGGAAAAAGCCCCCAGGCAAGCUGCUACCUUCUGCUCAUGCUGUUGAGAGAGAGUUCAGGGUUUUGAAGGCCUUGGCUCAGGCCGGCGUUCCGGUUCCCAAAGUCCUAGCCUUAUGUGAAGAUCCAAGCAUCAUUGGAACCCCAUUCUACCUAAUGGAGCACUGCGCCGGGCGGAUCUUCAAGGAUCCUUCUCUUCCAGGACUGGAAGCCAGGCAGCGGAUGGAGAUUUAUACCGCCAUGAACAGGGUCCUCUGUAAAAUCCACAGCGUAGACAUCCAAGUGGCCGGCCUUGAGGAUUAUGGGAAACAUGGUAACUACAUCCAACGGCAAGUCCAGACGUGGAGCAAGCAAUACCGUGCUACGGAGACGCACUCGAUCCCAGCCAUGGAGAGGCUCAUUGAAUGGCUCCCGUCCCACAUGCCGGCUAGCGAGCGUCUCUCUGUUGUGCAUGGAGACUUCAGGCUGGAUAACCUGAUCUUCCAUCCAGAGAAGCCUGAGGUUGCGGCCGUGCUUGACUGGGAGCUGUCCACCUUGGGCAACCCUCUUUCGGACCUGGCCUAUAACUGCGUGGCUUAUUAUUUGCCAUCUCACUUUAGCAUCUUAAAAGGUUUGAGAGACCAUGAUGUGCACCAAUUGGGCAUUCCCUCAGCAGAGGCUUACGUCCAGCUGUAUUGCGACCAGAUGGACAUCCCUCCCAUUGAGAACUGGAACUUCUACGUGGCCUUUUCCUUUUUUAGAAUUGCCGCCAUCCUUCAAGGGGUGUACAAACGCUCCCUUACAGGCCAGGCCAGCUCGGCCACUGCCGAAAGCACUGGCAAGCAAGUGGAACUCAUAGCAGACCUUGCCUGGGACUUCGCUACCAAAGAGGGAUUCCGGGUCUUCAAGGAGCUCCCAACCUCCACGCCUCCUGCCAGACCAUUCAGUACCUGGGCUGAUCCAAGGCAGCUCCCAAAGAGACACUAUUCCGGGGUGGCUUCCACUCCCAGCUCCCAGUUGAUUGUCUCUCUGGAUGGCCUCCCCAGCCGGGUCCAGCAGCUGCACCACAAGCUGAAGCGGUUCUUGGAUGCGCACAUCUACCCAGCUGAGCAGCUGCUGCGCAACUACCAGGUUUCCCCAGAGAGGUGGACACCCCACCCACUCCUAGAAGAGCUCAAGGAGAAAGCAAAGGCUGAGGGCCUCUGGAACCUUUUUCUGCCACUGGAGAGUGACCCUGAGAUGAGAUACGGAGCUGGCCUAAGCAACAUGGAGUAUGCCCACCUGUGUGCGCUAAUGGGGACUUCGCUUUAUGCUCCUGAGGUAUUCAAUUGUUCUGCCCCAGACACUGGCAAUAUGGAAGUCCUCAUCCGCUAUGGAACAGAAGCCCAGAAGGCACAUUGGCUGAAGCCUCUGCUCGAUGGCAAGAUCCGUUCCUGUUUUGCCAUGACAGAACCACAGGUUGCUUCUUCUGAUGCCACCAACAUUGAGGCUUCCAUCGUUGAGGAGCAAGAUGCCUAUGUCCUGAAUGGGCGGAAGUGGUGGAUUUCAGGUGCCCUGGAUCCUCGUUGCAAGCUGUGUGUCUUUAUGGGCAAGACUGACCCCACAGCCCCAAGGCACAAGCAACAGUCGAUGCUGCUGGUCCCCAUGGACACACCUGGCAUCACCGUCAUCAGGCCACUCACCGUCUUUGGUGUGGAUGAUGCUCCAGCUGGCCAUGGGGAGAUCACCUUUGAGAACGUCCGCAUCCCCAAAGAGAACCUCCUGCUGGGACCGGGCCGGGGUUUUGAAAUCGCCCAAGGGAGGCUGGGCCCAGGAAGGAUACACCACUGCAUGAGGCUAGUUGGCUUUGCGGAAAGAGCGCUGGCUCUCAUGAAGGAGCGGGUUUCCUCCCGAGUAGCCUUCGGAAAGCCACUGGCAGAACAGGGCACCAUCCGGGCAGGUGUUGCUGAGUCACGCAUUGAGAUUGAACAAGCCCGUCUCCUGGUCCUCAAAGCAGCCCACCUCAUGGAUACAGUUGGGAAUAAGGGAGCAGCUCUUGAGAUUGCCAUGAUCAAAGUGGUGGCUCCAAACAUGGCUCUGCGAGUCAUCGACCGAGCAAUCCAGGCCUUUGGGGCAGCGGGACUCAGCAACGACCAGCCCCUGGCACUCUUCUUUGCCUGGGCAAGGGCCCUGCGCCUGGCCGACGGCCCCGACGAAGUCCACAGGGAAGCCAUCACUAAAAUGGAACUGAAGCGUUAGAUGGGGUGUGAUAUGUUCCCAGCAGCUGCAGUUGAGAAAUGCACAGAAAUGAUGUCUAGGAGCUAAAUGAACCAAGAUUAGCGUGUCUGUGUAUAGGUGUGUGUGUCAAAUGUUCCUCAUUGCUGAUGAUUCCUCUGAUUGUGGGGGAAGGAGAGUCACACCAUUUGAGGCCUCAUGCUGGGCAAGAGGCCUUGUACAUUCCCAGGUUCAUCCACUAUAAUAAAACUACCAGACUCACUGCGUAUCAAUCAAUACACCAGGGACGUGCCUUAAUUUUUCUUGGACAUUAAGCCAAACUUUAGGUAUCAGAAAACCCUCCAUUACCUUUGCGGUGUCUCGACUCCUGCAUGGGAAGAAGACCCUUGCGUUGGCUCUGCUUUGGGCAUCUGGAUGGCGGGUAAGGAAAGAAGGCGGCUGUGGGGGUUCUCUCUGCUUUGUCAAGGUUAAAGGCCCGCUCGCCCUGACCGGCAGCACCGGCGGGUUUGCUGUUGCUGCUGUUGGGGCGGCAGCACUUCAUUCUCUUACUGUAAAAAAGAAUGGGAUUUAUGGCUAAGAGACUGCUUUUGAACUGUUGUAUGACACUGUUACAUAAACAAUGCAAUAAACAUUCAGUGACCCUU